GGGAGCCGCCGCGGCCCGGGGCACCAUGCAGAAGAGCGUGCGGUACAACGAGGGGCACGCCCUGUACCUGGCGCUGCUGGCCCGCAAGGAGGGCACCAAGCGCGGCUACCUGAGCAAGAAGACGGCCGAGACCAACCGCUGGCACGAGAAGUGGUUCGCGCUCUACCAGAACAUGCUUUUCUACUUCGAGAGCGAGCAGAGCGCCCGGCCCGCCGGCAUGUACAUGCUGGAAGGCUGCAACUGCGAGCGGGUGCCGGCCCCCAAAGCCGCCGCCGCCGGCAGCGCCAAGGACGCCGCCCUGGACAAGCAGCACUACUUUACCGUUCUUUUUGGCCAUGAAGGGCAGAAGCCACUGGAGCUCCGCUGCGAGGACGAAGGUGAUGGAGAUGAAUGGGUAGAAGCUAUUCACCAAGCGAGUUACUCAGAUAUUCUGAUUGAAAGGGAGGUGUUAAUGCAGAAGUACAUUCAUCUCGUCCAGAUUGUGGAGACUGAAAAGAUUGCAGCCAAUCAGCUUCGACAUCAACUUGAAGAUCAAGACACAGAAAUUGAAAGACUUAAAUCUGAGAUUAUAGCUCUCAAUAAAACAAAAGAAAGAAUGCGACCUUAUCAAGGCAACCAGGAAGAUGAGGAUCCAGAUAUUAAAAAAAUUAAAAAGGUUCAGAGCUUUAUGCGAGGCUGGUUAUGUAGAAGAAAAUGGAAGACUAUUGUCCAAGAUUAUAUUUGUUCUCCGCAUGCAGAAAGUAUGAGGAAAAGGAACCAAAUAGUUUUUAACAUGGUUGAGGCCGAAUCUGAAUAUGUGCAUCAACUUUAUGUUCUUGUGAACUGUUUUCUGAGGCCCCUGAGAAUGGCUGCAAGUUCAAAGAAACCACCUAUCCGUCAUGAUGAUGUUAGUAGCAUUUUCCUUAACAGUGAAACAAUCAUGUUUCUUCAUGAAAUAUUUCACCAAGGUUUAAAAGCAAGAAUAGCUAAUUGGCCUACCUUAAUAUUAGCUGACUUAUUUGACAUUCUGCUGCCAAUGCUGAACAUAUAUCAAGAAUUUGUUCGGAAUCAUCAGUAUAGUCUGCAAGUGCUGGCAAACUGUAAGCAAAACAGAGAUUUUGACAAACUCUUGAAGCAAUAUGAAGCCAACCCAGCCUGUGAGGGGCGAAUGCUGGAAACUUUCCUUACUUACCCCAUGUUUCAGAUCCCUAGAUAUAUUAUAACACUUCAUGAACUUCUGGCUCACACUCCGCAUGAACAUGUUGAGCGAAAAAGCCUUGAAUUUGCUAAAUCUAAACUAGAAGAACUUUCAAGGGUGAUGCAUGAUGAAGUGAGUGACACAGAAAACAUCCGGAAGAAUCUAGCUAUAGAAAGAAUGAUAGUAGAAGGCUGUGAUAUAUUACUAGAUACCAGCCAAACUUUUAUACGUCAAGGUUCCCUUAUUCAAGUUCCUUCAGUUGAGAGGGGAAAACUUAGUAAGGUUCGCCUGGGAUCAUUAUCUUUGAAAAAAGAAGGAGAAAGGCAAUGCUUCUUAUUUACAAAACACUUCUUAAUUUGUACAAGGAGUUCAGGAGGAAAACUGCAUCUGCUCAAGACAGGAGGUGUUCUAUCUUUAAUAGAGUGCACACUGAUUGAGGAGACAGAUGCAAGUGAUGAUGAUUCAAAAGGUUCUGGGCAGGUGUUUGGACACCUUGAUUUCAAACUUGUUGUUGAACCUACAGAUGCUCCUGCAUUUACUGUUGUCCUUUUAGCCCCUUCACGACAGGAGAAAGCUGCAUGGACAAGUGAUAUUAGCCAGUGCAUUGAUAAUAUUAGGUGCAAUGGUUUAAUGACCAUAGUGUUUGAAGAAAACUCUAAAGUCACUGUGCCACAUAUGAUCAAAUCUGAUGCUCGUCUUCAUAGAGAUGACAUUGAUAUCUGCUUCAGCAAAACAUUAAAUUCCUGCAAAGUACCCCAAAUUCGUUAUGCAAGUGUGGAACGCCUUUUGGAGAGGUUAACAGACUUGCGAUUUCUAAGUAUUGAUUUCCUGAAUACUUUCCUGCAUACUUACCGCAUAUUUACUACUGCAGCUGUUGUACUAGAAAAACUUUCAGACAUAUACAGAAGGCCUUUCACUUCCAUUCCAGUUAGGUCUUUGGAAUUAUUUUUUGCUACCAGUCAAAACAAUAGAGGAGAGUACCUAGCUGAUGGGAAAUCACCGCAUCUUUGUCGCAAAUUUUCUUCUCCUCCUCCAUUGUCCCUCUCCAGAACUUCCUCACCUGUUAGAACACGAAAAUUGUCAUUGACUUCACCACUGAAUUCAAGAAUAGGUGCCCUUGAUCUUUCUGCUUCCUCCAUUGCAAGCAGUCCUACCUCAACCUAUAGCCCGGCCACCUCUCCUCCACCAACGAGUAGCAAAGUACCACUGGACCUUAGCAAAGGGCCCUCCUCCCCUGAGCAAAGCCCUGGCUCCAUAGAAGACGGCUUAGAGAACCCUCGCAUUGACCUAUGUAACAAGCUGAGGAGAAGCAUUCGAAGAGCAGCAGUUUUAGAAUCUGUGUCAGUAGACAGAACAAUUCCUGAAAGCACCUCAGCAGUGGAUACCCUGGAGCUUUCACCAUGUAGAUCCCCUUCAACACCACGUCAUCUUCGCUACCGUCAGUCAGGAGUACAAACUGCUGACAACAGCCACUGUUCUGUUUCUCCUGCUUCUGCUUUUGCAAUCGCUACAGCUGCAGCAGGGCAUGGGAGUCCGCCAGGAUUUAACAACUCUGAACGCAUGUGUGAUAAAGAGUUCAUAAUACGCAGAGCAGCCACUAAUCGUGUCCUGAACGUCUUGCGUCACUGGGUCUCCAAGCAUUCUCAGGAUUUUGACCUGAACAAUGAGCUGAAAAUGAAUGUGUUAAAUUUACUAGAAGAAGUUUUGAGAGACCCAGACCUUCUACCACAAGAAAGGAAAGCUACUGCAAAUAUACUGAGGGCCCUUUCUCAGGAUGAUCAAGAUGAUACUCACUUAAAAAUAGAAGAUAUCAUUCAAAUGUCAGAAUGUCCAAAACCAGAGUGCUUUGAGACUUUGUCAGCCAUGGAGCUUGCAGAGCAAAUAACUCUUUUAGAUCACAUAGUUUUCAGAAGCAUACCCUAUGAAGAGUUUCUUGGGCAGGGCUGGAUGAAACUGGAUAAAAAUGAGAGAACACCUUAUAUUAUGAAAACUAGUCAACACUUUAAUGAUAUGAGUAACCUUGUUGCCUCCCAAAUCAUGAAUUAUGCUGAUGUCAGUUCCCGGGCUAACUCAAUUGAGAAGUGGGUAGCAGUAGCAGAUAUUUGUCGAUGUUUGCACAAUUAUAAUGGUGUGUUAGAAAUCACAUCAGCCUUGAACAGAAGUGCAGUCUACAGACUGAAGAAAACAUGGGCUAAAGUAUCCAAGCAGACAAAAGCUCUCAUGGACAAGCUUCAGAAGACUGUAUCAUCUGAAGGAAGAUUUAAAAAUCUUAGAGAAACACUGAAAAAUUGUAACCCACCUGCAGUUCCCUACCUUGGAAUGUACUUGACAGAUCUAGCAUUUAUUGAAGAAGGAACACCAAAUUUUACUGAAGAAGGCCUUGUCAAUUUUUCCAAAAUGAGAAUGAUCUCACAUAUUAUCAGGGAAAUACGCCAGUUCCAGCAGACCUCCUACCGCAUAGAAUAUCAGCAGAAGGUCACUCACUAUUUACUUGACAAGGCACUCAUCAUAGAUGAAGAUACUUUGUAUGAACUUUCCCUAAAGAUUGAACCCAGACUCCCUGCCUGAUGAACCAGCUUUGCCUCGGAGCCUACAGAAAGUUUUAGAAUAAUGAACAGAGUUAUGCAUGCCAAGUCCUAAAGAUAGCAAGGGAAAUAUUGAGAAGAAUGCAAGCUCUCUUUUCCAGUGAGAGACACAGAGCCUCACAGCAUUACCCUCUCAGGCAAGGAAAAUCAGCUAUUGAAGGUGGAAGAUAAAGAUGCUUCAUGUCUGGGUUAAGUGAUUGCUACUUUGCAAUGGUAAUGUUUUGCAAUAGGGAUUAUGCAUCUAAUGGCAAACAGGAAAAUGUGAACAGGUAGUCAUUGCAGCCAUCUUAAUGUGACAAAUUAAGGGGAAAAAUGUAAGUGGUAGUACCAUACUCAGUUAUAUUAAGAUGAAUGGGCAAAAUGAGAUGGCACUGAUGUGGUCUGAGUUGAUUGCUAACUAUGCAUUCACUAAGGCAGUAGCAGUAGUGGUGUCCUCGUAUCAUAUUAUAUUCAAUGAAAAAAAUAGGAUCUUGAGAGUCAUCUGCUAGCCUGGAGAGGCAUUAGGGUAAUAUCUAGUAACUUCAGAUCCAAUUAUUCAAAACAUUUGUUAUACAGUUAAUACUUCCCUUUAUAAAAUGUUACCUCCUUUAAAUUUCUUAUUAGCCUUUUCUAAGAUAACAGAUUUCACAAAUAAAUGAACUAAUCUUUGUAAAUAUUUUUCAUUAAUAUGCAAUGAGAAUAUUUACAGCAUGGAGAGUAAAUGAACUAUAAUUGAAUAGUUGUAAAUAGUUGCCAGCCUUGCAAGCUUCAGCUGGGAAAUGCAAGGUUAGGAGCUGUACCUCAGGCAUGAGAAAUCUGAACAUACAAUGAAAGGGAUGGUUAGUCAUAUUGCACACAGCCCUGAAAAAGGCACUUUAAUUUUCUACACCUGCAGAUUCCCUGAAAAGUCAGGGUACAAAGCACUGUCUGGACACACUGUUGAGAGAAAUGAAUGGCUGGUCUGGCAGUGGGUAAUGAUCAGCAAUGAACAUUAGGAGUUGGAAUGACUGUUUCAUUUUACAUGAAAUUAAUGGUUUAAAAAAUGUCUAUUUCUUGCUCGGUCAUUCAGCACUGACUCAGCUCUUUUACAUCAGUGACAAACUUUGAAUGCACGUAAACAAAGACUUUGAAUUUUUAUUUGAACUAGUAAUUAGCAUUUUCAGAUGAGCAUCUGUUUAAGAAAAUGUGCUGUUUUAAGUGUCAUAAAGCCUACGCUUUUGUGAGAAACCAGGUAGAUAGAUUUAAUUUCUGCAGCUAGUUGGUACUUUUAGAAUUUCCUGUUCAAGGGUGGCCUGUUGUAGCUGCAUGGAAAAUGAGCUCAAAUGCAUGCUAUACAGUACAUUGUAAUAAAAAAAUGCACGUAUUAGCACUGUUGAAUAACUUGGCUGGAAAAGUGUCCUUACUUUUCCAAUGAUAAUCAGCCGGUUGAAGAAAUAGGGCUAUAUCACUGUUUACCUCCCUUACAUCCUCUCAGGGAGAUGGAUGUUUAAAAUUUGUGACCUGGGCCUAUUUGAUCUGACAUUUCUUACCACAGUCAUGAUGCUUCUUAAUGCUAACAAUGAAAAAUGAAUCUGCCUGGUGUGGUUUUUGUCUUUAUUUGCACUUUAAUUACAUUGUUAGCCCAGCCAAGAGCUGCACAAUAAAUUCCAUUUCUUCUGUCUGAGUGCAAAUGUUAGCAUUUAUAAAUGCACCUUAGCAACUGUAAAUUUCGUUAAGGUUCCUCAUCACAAGGGCGAUCUCUUUGUAAAUACAUGCAUAGGUAAACUUCACAAAUACUGGAAAAGUCUUCAAUUAGAAAAGCAGACAGCAACAAAAAAGGAAAUUCCAGAAAUAUUUUAAAUAGUUCUGACUAAUUAAUGCUGCAGAAGUGGACAUGGAAAAUACUAUUUAUGAAAGCUUUUUACUGUUAAAAACUUGCUUGUUUUUAUUAAUGACUAACAGGAAGCUGAUUGCAUCCCAGCGCAUGAUUAAAAGAAAAGCAUGGUUUCUUUGGACCACAAAACCAACUUAUUGCGUAUUUUCUGUACAAAAACAGUUACCAGGUGUCAAUUGCAUAAAAUGUAUUAAGGUCAUGAAGAAAUGGGAAAAAAAGUGUUCCAAAAAGUGAGUUCUUAACUUGGUUUUAUUGUUUCUCUGUUCACAAAAAAUGUAUAACUGUCAAUGUUACUGGCAUCUCUGCUAUGUGCUGUUAACUGCUGCUUUAUCUUCCUGUAUCCCGUUUUACCAACCUUCCUUGCUGUUCUUAGGGUUACAGGAUACAAUUCAUCUUUCCUACUUCAUAGUUAAUUUUGUUGUUUUGUACUUUAGGUACACAUAUUGGUUCUUCAGAGUUUCAAAACAUUCAGUGCAUUAGUUAACCCUUGCAAUACAGAAGGGUAAUGUUGGAUUACUACUACAGUAUUACAAAUGGAGAGAUGGGAAGACAAAGGAUUGAAGAUUUUUUUUUUUUCAAAUGUGCUGUGUAUCCAUAACUUAAAAUCAGUAGACAAUGUGGUGACUUGGCCCUUCUGGAAAAACAUAUCCUAUUUAUAUGCCAAAUGUUACGUAUGGGUCAGUGGCAGAAUUUAUGUUAGAAUUGCCAGAGUAACCAGAUACUUGAUCUGUGUUCAGAACAAAAAAAAAAACUGCUAUGGCCACAUAAAGCUGUUUUGGUUUACUCAUGAUUUUCAUGCUAAUCUGUUUGGGUUAUGGAUUCAGUGUGUUCCUUAAAAUGCAGGAGAUGACUGCUCAAAAAUGUGAGCAUAUAUCUUGUUAUGUGUAAUCCUAGUCAGUGCUCCCACCCCUAAUCAAAGCUGGAAAAACUUGUUCUUUCUGCAGAAAUCCCACAGAGUGAGUGUGGGAUGGUGUGUCUCCCCCAACAAUCAGGUUGUAUAAUUCAAGUACAUGUGGCCUGCAUGCUUCUGCUACCAUGCUGCUGCAAUCAUUUAAGUGAUAGCACUAGCUAGGAGGCAACACCAGUCUGCUUUAGCUGAGGCUUUGCCUGGUAUAUCAGCCUAACCAAGGGUGCAUAGUGCACAGGGGUUGUGGAGCUCCUUGCCUCCAGCUUCUCUGCACCUCUCUGCCACAACCCCAUUGCUAAUAAUAUAUAGAGAGACAAAUCCUAAUUGUAAAAUACCCACUGUUUUCCACUGGUUAUUCAAGAGGGAUAUUUUCCAAUAAGGACUGUGGUAAUAAGACAGAGAAGGGCUGAAGAGCUUAUCUACCUACUUUUCUUAGCUCCACAGCCCUAGUGCACUGGUCAGAUGCAGUAGCAGUUCUUCUGUUUGGGAGGCUGCUCCCUUUCCGCCCUCUGGGCAGAAAUGCCUCAGGGACUUUCACUGGCUAGCUGCAAAAGAGAUGGCGUAGUUCACCCAUGUCCUCUGUUCAGCAGUGGGCACACUGCCAGUGAAGUCAGAGGAGAGUUUUGCAGUAAUAAAGGUGAAGCUUUAGUAGUUAGUGGGGAGCCUGGGCAGCAGCACUCCUCUUUCAUGUGACACAGAGCACAUGUCACUGGACACGUUAAUACGGGGUUAGAGCUGCCUUCACCCCAGGUCUCACGCCCUGUCCCUCACCCCUGAUUAAAUUCACCUGUGUUGUAUGUGGCACUGCACAUCAGUUAGUGGACUUUGCCCAUGAUUAGUCAUAAAGGGGAAGGAAAAUAGAUCUCUUGAAUUUACAGUUGCAGUAAGUGUGUAUUUUGUCCCUUUCUUUCAGCCAGUCCUGUAACACACAAACGUGUAGGUUAAUAGUGAGAGAUUCUACUGCGACUGAUCACCAUUAUUGAAAAGUAAGAAAAACAUCUCUGUUCUCUUUCUGUUUUCCUGGUUCUUAAUAUUGAUUGUUGGUUUUUAGGAUAAAAAGGAACUUAACUCUUUAUUUAAAGUAUUUAUUAACUUUAAUCACAUUGGUUUUGAUUUCAGGAGAUGUUAAUUAUCUGAAGUUUUCCUUAAUGAUUAUUAUUUAUUUUAAGAGUUUUUAAAACAUUUUUUUUAUUUGUAUGGGUAUUCAAUCUCUCCUUCUUUCACUGUUAUCAACCACAUUAAACAUAGAUGUGUGAUUUAAAAUUCUCACUGAUAGAGACAUUUUAACCAAGUCGAAAUUGUUAUCAAUUAAGGGUCAAAUUCUUCAGUCUUCAUUUUGAUAAUACCUUGGGCUUUACUGAAAGCUUUCUGUAAGUAAAGAUUGGGGAUUUGGCUCUGGACUAGUUGCCUGUCACAGUUUUUGCCUCCAAAAGUCAAAUGUCUCUGUAUGAUGUUUCAUGUCCAACAUGCUGCUCAGAUAUGAUUGUUUUGUUGUACCUUUACUUUUGUAAUAGUCUCUAAAAUUUUAUUCUUUAGGUGAACAGAUGUGUGUUUAUUUGACAGAUGUACCUAUAUCUAAUUCAUUGCUUAGUGCACAUCCAGAUGUUUUUGCAUGUGUUGUAACUUACCUUUUGACCUAAGGUUAUUGCUUUGUAUUGUUUGUAAGGCAUAUCAGGCAGGGUGUUAUGCCUGUAUGCUAAUUAAACAUUCUCUUUUUUUCUGAAUUUCAAUAA